GACUUCCAGAUUCAAGACGGACCCGACCUGCCCCGGACCCCGCGACCGCCCGACUCCCCGCGCUCCGCCCAUCCGCUCAUCUCCUCCGGCCUCCUCCUCCUCCAGAUACCCCAGCGCCGGACACACACACACACAUACACAACCAUGGACAAGCUGCUGCGGCGUGUGCGCAUGGCCGAGGGCAUGGUUGCUCGCCGCGCCCAGCGCAAGAACGCCCUCCUGAAGCGCAUUACCGAGAGAACCCAGAACAAGAAGAACGGUGAAGUCUUCACCGAAGCCAUUCAACAACGGAAGGCCGCCAUCGAGGCUCGCAAUGAGGACUGGAUGUUGGGUCCCCUCGCUCCCCGCCGCGAACUCGGCGAGAUAACGCUGAGUAGCGGAAACUACUACGGCUCCGUCUCCCCCACCCGUGCCCUGCUCGAGAACGAGGUCUCGGAAGAGGAGAGGAAGGCCCGCGUUGCCUGGUGCGGUUCUCCCAAAUUCGUCUGCAUUGCCCCCGGCGACCGCGUCGUGGUCAUCGAAGGCCACCACAAGGACCUUAUCGGCACCAUCGAGAAGCUCAACACCCGGAACAUGACAGUAGAGAUCCAAGCAGAGAAACUCAAAACAAACACGACCGUACCCAACUUCAUGAUGGAAGGCUCCGACAAGCCCGUCACCCAAAUCUACGCCCGCCUGCCCAUCUCCUCCGUGCGUCUCGUCCACCCGCUCAAGGACCCCCAGACGGGCGAGUACCGGGACGUGAUCAUCCGCGAGCUGCGCCCGCGCGACAUCGUGCACGACCGGCCCACGCGCACCCGUAGCAUGCGCCGUUUCGUCCCCGGCGAGAACAUCAUCAUCCCGUGGCCCAAGCAGGAACCCAUCAAGCGCGAGGACCAACCGGCCGACACGCUGCGCAUCGACCUGGACGAGAAGACGUACGUGCCCACUCUGUUCCGCCCGCCCGCGCCCCAGCAGGUCCUCGACGAGCUCCGCAACAAGUACUCCAUCUUCCGCACCCGUCAUACGCCCGAGUACAUCGCCCAGAAGGAGCAGGAGGAGCAGGAGAAGGAGGCCAAGAAGUCGGCGGCCAAGGCUAUGCUCACCCCCGUCCAGGAGUAUAACCGGAAGCAGCGCGAGCUUCGUCGUGCUCGUGGCCAGCCGGUAUUGACUGAGGAGAUGCUGGCGAAGAUUGGCCAGGUUGUUGCGAGGAAUAAGCUCGGACAGCAGGCCGGGCCCCAGCCCAAGGUGAAGGAGGAGACGGUGGCACAGAUCGAGAAGGCGGUUGAGCAGUUAUCGCUUGGUGGGGAGGAUGCGACUACUACAACGAGCCCUGAGCAACCAAAGGUUUAAAGGGUGGGGGUUUGAAUAGGAAGUGUGGAUGUGGAGUGUCCCCUGGACCAUAAGGAUUCCUUCCCAAGAAGCAUUCAGUGCAAAAGAAGCUGAGAAAUGCUUGUAUUGAGUGCA